UGUUGUUGAAUUUAGUGUGAACAAGAAGAGCGAUUUGCCUAUUAAUAAACUAUUCCUGAUUAAGUUUGUGAACGGAAAAAAGACAGAAUGGCGAAAGUGUCAAAAAUGCGGUGAUCUUCGCAAAGCACCUAAUUCUGGGACAAGCGGCUUACGUCUGCAUCUAACAAAAUGUCCCGGUUAUGAUGCCUCUAAGGACAGCCGCGAUGUCAACCAGGAUGUUAUUCCUUUUGCGAACAAAUAACAGCGUGGCGAGCGCUGUAGUGAAUGGAACUGGGGCAUUCGCCGAUAUUAUCAAGGAGCAAGUCCUGCAACAGCGAUCGGUAGAAGCAGGAACUCACGAUGCCGAUCAUUCGUAUGUGAACCAAAGCAUUUCCUUUGAAGACUUUGAAAAUGAGGAAUACGAGGCCGAUUUCAACAUUCAGCAGUUCAUGAAAAAUUUUAGACCCGCAAGUGCUGACGCGGAGCGGCUGUUUUCAUUUUGCCGUCUUUCCAAGACAUAUUUACAAAACAGGCUUAGCGUGGAACGGCAUUGUCGCAAUGUGUUUUUAAAUAAGAAUAAGGCCUUCUUUGAUUUAUAAUCAGUGUUCAUGUAAUACCUCUUUGAAAGAGGCUCUUUCACAUUUCAGAAACUUUUUAUCACCAUUUGUUUUAUGUGUAUGUGUUAAAACGUCCAGUUUCAAGUAAUGAUACAAAAUCCGUUUUUCUCAAUAUCAAUAUCAAUAUCUAGCCUUCAAUAUCUCAAAAUUAAAAAUUCAAUAUUGACAUCGUCUCAAUAUUCAAUAUCUGAUCAUUCAAUAUAUUGCAAUCCCUGGACAACAGUCUGCUAAAAUUCAACGAGGACAAGUGUGUCCAGUCCAAAUGACUAUCUCGCAUGCUAUUUCUGAUCAUACUGCAAGAAGUUAUUGGCAAAAUGGGAAGCAAUUCGAGAAGGUGAAGGGAGAGAAGGAUCUGGGAGUUACAAUUGAUAGAGAUCCCGAUGGGCCAGAUGAGUGCGGAGGACAGACAGGGGGCCAUGAAUGAGGUGCAGGUGCACAAGAUGCUCCCUCCACAUGCCAACAUAGUGCAACACCUCGACUACUUCAUCCACGACAGCAGCCACGCCCUCAUCAUAGUCAUGGAGUACAUCAGAGGCGGCACUCUUUAUGACUUCAUACUGAAGAGAGGAACCUCAUUAUUAGAGGAAAGCGAAGUGCUGCAUCUGUUCGUGCAGAUGGCCUUGGCGCUGCACCACAUCCACUCCAGAGGAAUCCUCCACCGGGACAUCAAGACUCAGAACAUCCUCCUCACCAAACCAUCUUCAUUUAUAACUAACAAUAAUAUUAACCAAGACAGAGAUCCCCAGAUGCAAUCACUAGUCACUGCCACCACAGUCAAGCUGUCUGAUUUCGGCAUCUCCAAGAUACUGGCGUCCAAGUCGAAAGCUUACUCGGUAGUGGGAACUCCCUGUUAUAUCAGCCCAGAACUGUGUGAAUCCAAACCCUAUAAUCAGAAGAGUGAUAUUUGGGCCUUAGGAUGUGUACUAUACGAGCUCUGUACCCUCAGUCGUGCCUUCGAAGCUGCAAAUCUUCCCGCUCUGGUGUUCAAAAUAAUGAAGGGAAGCUACAAACAGAUCAGUGACACUUAUUCGCCAGAACUGAAGCAGCUAGUUAGAAGUCUGCUCAACCUGGACCAUACUAAGAGGCCUUCUGUGAGUCAGAUUCUGGCCCAGCCUAUCAUUGUGAAAGUGAUGUACAGCACGAUAGUGGGCAUAGGUGCUAUUACAAUGAACACAGCGUCAAGUAGAAAUCAGAUUGGAAAUGAGUAUAAUUCAGCCAAGACACGGAAGGAUAACUCUCAUAACGAAGGCACAUCACAAAGCAUAGAUGCGGAUGGCAAUACUGAUUCGAGAAGCAACACAAAUGUAAAUGAUAGAGGUGGUGGAAAUAGCGCAAUGGAUAAUGUGAGUUCGGUGUUUAUGUGGGGUUGUUCCAAACAUCAGUAUCCAGCUAAUCUGGCCCUCCCGUCUGGAGUAUGUCGUAUGCAGGAUAUAGCGAUUGGCAGGUCACACAAAUAUGCUCUCUCAGAUACAGGAAAAAUCUUCAGCUGGGAACAAGUGGAAACAACCGAGGAAGAGAGUUGUACGAUGCAACUGCCUGGAAUGACCACCGCAGAAUCUUCCUCAGGUUUCCUGUCUUCCACGUCAACAUGCUUCGUGCCCAGAUGUCUGGAAGGUCAAGGCGGUGUGGUAGUAGCCAAAAUAGCAUGUGGAGAUCUCUUUGCAGCUUGUGUCACAGACAGAGGAAUCCUGAUGACGUUCGGCAGUGGUUCCAGCGGAUGUCUGGGUCAUGGAAAUUUCCACGAUGUGAAGCAGCCUAAAAUAGUGGAGGCGUUAAUUGGAAGUGAAGUUAUGGACUUGGCAUGUGGAUCGAAUCAUGUAGUGGCGCUCACUACAGACCAGGAAUUGUUCUCCUGGGGAAUCGGAGACAACGGUCGGCUGGGUCUGGCUUCGGCUAAGUGGGGUUCGGGGACAAGCGAAGGAACAGCAGCUGGAAAAGGUGGAAGUGGUUUCAGAGGAUGUAACGUUCCUGUGGCUCUCAAUGCUCAAGUGUUUGAAAGUAAUGUGGUCAAAGUGCACUGCGGACUGGACACUACCUGUUUCAUCACCAGAAACAACAAGAUCUACGUUUGCGGGAGCAACAGAGACAACAAACUAUGUCUGGACUAUUUCUCACACGAAGACAACCACACUAAACAAGUGGACUUCAUCAAUCAGCCGACGAGAAUCAAACACGAACUGUUCACACACAUUGUUGCAUGUUCAGUCGGAUACACACACGGCGCAUUUAUAGAUUCCGAAGGUCAACUGGUGUUAAGUGGGUCGAAUUCCACAGGUCAAUUGGGUCUACCCUCAACAGACAGAAGUGUGGGUACGAGACACGUGACCAAAUUGGACUGGGCGGGGGGACGUAAUUUGGGGUCCGAGUGUAGAUUUGUAUCUGUGUCAUGUGGCGAUUAUUUUACUGUAGCUGUGUGUGUUGACGGGACUGUUUUGUCUUGGGGUAGAAAUGCUAAAGGGCGACUUGGCAGGCCGAUUACACAGGGGGGCAAUGAUACACCGGGACAGGUGCAAUUGAAGGGAGUGGGGGAGGGACGCAACGUUAAAGUGCAAUGCAGUCAUGAUGGUACUAUGUUAUUGGUUCAGCAGUCACACGGACACUCGAACUGAAGUUUUGUCGCCGGUGUAAUUUGCAAGGAAUUUAGAACCAUUCUGUCACCCGGAAGCAGUUAAAAAAGAAAAGUUUGGAUAAUUCGGAUAUCGAAAACGUUGCCUUGUUCGAGUCUGCGUUUGACGCGUUAACUUAAUACGUGGUAAGUUUUCUUUCUGGUACUCACAAAAAGUUGCCAAGAGAUCUUGAGACUCUGUAGAUCUACGGAUUUUUGUCUAAAGAGAAAAUGCUUAUUUUUUGUAGCAAUACGAUGUCUUCCGGUUAGUGUGCAGUUUAUUUCAAGAACGCUGAUUUAUACACGUUAAAUGAGAAUAAUGUAAGUUUGCUAACAUAAUAUGCUGUCCAUAGAAAAUAAGUGGAAAAAAGCAUCUUCAUUGAUUUAUGGAAUACUAUGUUUCUAUGUAAAUAUUGUGCAUUAACUACUAACAAUGGUUGUAAAAACUAAUAUAACACAAAUUGUACAUAAAGAGAUAUUUUGGUACUCUUAAUUUAUUUUGUUGAAUUCAAUUAUUUCUAUUUUUAA